AUGGUGGACAUCUUAACAAGAACUCUUGAUAAAUUCUUUGAUUAUCAAGCUGAUGACAAAGAGGGGGAGACAGAAUUAGAUGUUGUUGUUGCUGUCGUACCCACAACUAAAACUGAAGCUGACGCUCCUAGAGUCGAAGCUAAUGAAGUUGAGGCUAUUUAUGAAACCAUCACCUCCCAUGAACCUCGUGAAGCUGAGUUUGUUGAUGAAGCCGUCAGAGCUGAUGUUGAAGCUCGUAAUGAAGAACUUUCUAUCACCUCUGCAGCUGAUGCUCAGGAGUAUUUUAUAGAGUUUUUAAAGGUUGAUGAUACAUCUGGUUUAGGGUUGUUCAAUGAAUUAUUAGAUGUACUUAAAUCUCUCGAUCUUAGUGUUGAUGAUGCGAGGGGUCAAGGUUAUGAUAAUGGUUCUAAAAUGAAGGGAAAACACCAAGGGGUACAAAAUCGAUUACUUGAAGUUAAUCCAAAAGUGUUAUAUAUGUCAUGUGCUUGUCAUAGACUUAAUCUUACUCUUAUACACAUAUACAAAAGUGAUAUUGCUCAUUCUUGUGUUAAAGCUGUUUCAUUUUUUGGAAUUGUUCAACGCAUAUACACAUUAUUUGCUAGUUCUACAAAAAGGUGGAAGRUGUUACUUGAUAAUGUGUCAAACUUAACUGUAAAAUCUUUGUGCAACACACGUUGGGAAAGUAGAAUAAAAAGUGUUAAGGCAAUUAGAUUUCAAGCUCCUUAA